UUCAGAUCAAGUAAACUGUCCAAUCCAAAACAUAGAACACAAUUUGGUGAGAUUGUGGUCAGUUUGGUGAGGCAGAGUCUCUUUAAGGGUUGCUCUGUACUGAUAACCAGCCGCCCAACCAGACUGGCAUCAGUUGAUACUGAUGUUUUUCAGAGAAUAGCUGAGAUCACUGGAUUUCUCCGUAGAGACAGACUGGUGUUCUUUAAUAAUUUCUUUGAAAAUGAGAAAUUAUCAGCAAAGGCUUUUCAUUAUGUGCAGGAGAAUGACAUGCUGUACACAUUCUGUUAUAUCCCAUCAUACUGCUGGAUCAUCUGUACAGUUUUAUCAGUGUGCUUUAGAGCUCAACCAACAAUCACUGAUCAACUGAUGACAUCAUUACCCAAAACAGUGACACAACUCUUUGUAACUUUUGUCUCCAACAUUCUGGCCAAUCACAACCAGAAUAAAGAUGGUGGUCACACUGCCCGAGAACUGCUGACAUCUAUUGGGUGGAUGGCAAAACAUGGAGUCAUGAAUCACCUGAUUGUAUUUGAUGAGCGUCAUCUGGACUCAUUCAGUGUGAGAAAUGAUAAACAUCUCUUUUCAUCUUUCAUGAUAGAAUCUGGUCAGACCCCUGAUGUGGAUUACACCUUCUUACAUGUCACUGUUCAGGAGUUUUUUGCUGCUUUAGUCCAUUUUAUUAACUAUAAUCGUGACAGAUUACAGGAUACACUUGAUGAGGCUAAAUCUUAUAAAGACGGCCGUGCUGAGAUAGUUCUCCGUUUCCUCUGCGGUCUCUCAGAUUCUUCCACUAGAUCCAUGUUAAAGUCUUAUGUGGGAGAAUUGUCUACUCAGGCUGCCAAACAUGUUAUCACCUGGAUCCAGAAGGAAAUCACAGAAAAAAGAUCUGACAAAUAUACAGACAGAGACAAGAGAUAUCUUCUUAAUGCUUUCUACUGUCUCCAUGAGAGCAGGAAUAAGACUCUGGUGUCACAAUGUAUUGGAUCAAACAAAAUGGACUUUUCUGAUGUCCUCCUCAGCCCUCUGGACUGCUCUGUGCUGUCUUUUAUUCUUCAAUCCUGCAGAGAUAUAGAAGUAAAUUUAAGUUCAUGUAGAAUUCAGAGUGAAGGACUGAGGAAAUUUAUACCGGCUCUAAAAAACAUCAAGAGUUUGAGAUUGUAUGGUAAUCAGCUAAAAGACAGUUCCUGCCCCCACCUGGCAUCUGGGAUAAGAAAUAACCAGACACUGAGGAGACUUAACCUGUCUGGCAACAAUCUGGAGGGUCCUCAUUUCAGUGAUCUGAUGUCGGCUCUGACAACAAGCCGGAUAGAGGAAUUACGGUGAGUACAACAGGAGUGGCUGAGACAAUAA